GUUGACGUGCCCAUGCAUAUAAUUAUGUGUCGCGCGUCUUUAGUACAUCAUCGUCGUCCCCGUUCCUCCCGCGCGGACGGCGCGGAUGCAUCAUUAUCACCAAUUCACCAAACCAUCAAAGAGUGAUAUUGCCUAUAUAUAGCUCACCGCUUUGCGCGCAGAGACAAAGAGAGAAAGAAGGAGAUUGUUUCCAAACGCCGCCGCCACGUAGAAUAUUAUUUGGAUUGGUGAUGCAUGUUACACGCCUAGACACUUGGGUAUAUAGAUAGUGAUCGAGCAUAGCGGCUGCCGGUUCGAGCUCUAUAUCAGCUUGCAAUAUUUCGAAACCUGUCUCGUCAUUUCCUUCGUGUCUCCGUUCUUGAUCAUCCCCGAUGCCGGAAGCUGGACUCGAGUCAUACUCGCUGACACCGCCAGGCUGCCAUGAUGGCAGCUUCUACGUUGACUCUGAACCAGGAGCAAGCGACUAAAGAAUUCAUUGAAAGUGUGAACAAGUGUCGAGCUGGUCGAAGAGCAGGGCCUGUCUCUUGGCGGACAGCAGUUAAAUUUCUGGCAGCUAGGAAAUUUGAAGUUAAUAGGGCACUGGCACUCUACGAACAGCAUGAAGCUACAAGGAGAAGAGAAGGUUUAGCUGUAAUGUAUCCAACUCAAGAACCACUGUUUAGUGAACUAAGGACAGGAAAAUUUACAGUUCUACCCACCCGAGACACAAAUGGAGCAGCAAUAGCAAUAUUCACUGCUCACCUGCACAUUCCACAAAAUACCAGCCACCAGACUACUCUACAGGGCGUUGUUUAUCAGCUUGAUGCUGCACUUGAGAGCAAGGAAACACAGAAGCAUGGUCUUGUAUUUAUUUACGACAUGUCGGACAGCAAAUAUCAGAACUUCGAUUACGAGUUGUCACAGAAAAUUUUGAGCCUUUUAAAGUUCACUUUCCAGGGAGGCUAUCCGGCCAAGCUCAAAAAGGUGCUCAUCGUCACGGCUCCACUUUGGUUCAAGGCGCCCUUCAAGAUCCUGCGGCUGUUUGUGCGCGAAAAGCUGCGCGAGCGCGUCUUCACCGUCUCGAUACCGCAGCUGACGCUGCACGUGCCACGAGAGUCGCUGCCACGGCGUCUAGGAGGUAGUUUAGAGGUGCAUCAUGAGGCCUGGCUCUUGCACUGCCUUAAGUCCAUGACGAACCGAGCCGUAGCCGAGCCGGCUGAGCCACCGGUCCCCGCGGCUCCCACACUGCUAUCACAGUCACAGCAGACGACACCACCGCAGAACCAGCAGCAGCAACCGUCGCCUGUAGCAGCCGUGUCAGCAGGAGAGCCACUCGUUUCUAGUGCCAACACCAAUCCGCCCGAAAGCGAGCUCAGCAGUAGCAAUGACGACGCACCCUCGCCACUGCAGCCACCCUCCUCUGCGAGCUCUGGCUUCAGUGACGACGACAGCUUGCACGGUGAGCUGGGCCUCCAAGCUCUUAGCAUGGAGCAGCUGGUCGAGAGCACGUACACAAGGGGCCGAGCUGGACUCGUCGCCGAGUACGCGGAGAUCAAGCAGCGCCCGCCCGAUGGAUCGUUCAACAAUGCCAGACUCAAGGCCAAUCAGCACAAAAAUAGGUACACCGACGUUCUCUGCUACGAUCACAGCCGCGUAUGCCUCUCUCAGCUAGAAAAUGAAGUCACAUCUGACUAUAUAAAUGCUAAUUUUGUCGACGGCUACAAGCAGAAGAAUGCCUACAUAAGCACGCAAGGCCCACUUCCCAAGACAUGCGCUGACUUUUGGAGGAUGCUUUGGGAACAGCAGAUACUCGUCAUAGUCAUGACCACUAAGGUAGUGGAACGUGGAAAGACGAAAUGCGCUCAGUAUUGGGGUCCUGAAGUUGGUGAUCAAGUAUCUGCUGGUGGAUUUACCAUAACGACUCUUGAAGUUGACACCAAUCCAGAUUAUACGAUAUCUAAGCUUCUUCUUACCAAUAAUAAGACUGAGGAAACUAGAGAAAUAAGUCACAUGUUUUACACGGCCUGGCCAGAUUAUGGAGUGCCAGAGUCGGCCAAAGCGCUUUUGCAGUUCCUUACUUUAGUGCGACAGCAGCAAAAUAAACUGUUGACCAGUCGAGGCGAUACGUGGGCAGGCCAUCCCAGAGGUCCCCCCAUUGUUGUACACUGCAGUGCCGGUAUUGGAAGAACAGGCACGUUUUGUACAUUGGAUAUAUGUAUAUCUCGACUCGAGGACACGGGCACCGUCGAUAUUCGAGGUACAGUCGAGAGGAUUCGAGCGCAGCGCGCCUACAGUAUUCAAAUGCCAGACCAAUAUGUAUUUUGCCACCGAGCUCUCGCCGAGUACGCGCUCUCGCGAGGUAUGUUAGGACCUCAAUAUCUUGCCAUGUUACCACCGACGAUUGAAGAAGAUUCGGACUAGAUCUUACAUUGUCCAUCUUGUCCUGUACACACCAGCUGCUAAUCUACAUUCAGGCAUAGUCUUCUUUUUUCUCAUUAAUAUUACAUCCUCAUUAGAGAAGUAUUAUUUCGAUAGUUAUCUAUUAUUAAAUAGCAACUAGCUCCAUCAUCGUCAUCAUUAUUAUUACUUUAAUCAUGAAAAAUUAUAAUAUAUUCAAUCAUUGUGCCUAUUAGUAUUCUUAUACUUUUGAUUUUAUUUCACUCAGAUUGAUUUUUGUUUUCAUUGAUCAACAAAAAAUGAAAAACUAAAUUCUUUAUAACGUACACCACUGUGUUCAUAAAAUCAAAAUGUCAGACAAUUUUUAAACAAAUUUUCUUAUCGUGGUAUUUACACGUGCGUAUAUUUAUAACAAAGAGAAGAAAUUGCAAAGUUGAUGCUUUCUCUUCGAAAAAAUGAUUUUUUAUCACAGAUCUUCAUUUCAAAAAAGUCAAUUGAAUUGUAAAUACAGCAAUUUUUUUUCAUACAAUUUUUUAAUACUCAA